GUAUAAUAAUUUUGCUUAUUUAUUAAUUCAAACAAAUUCGCCCAAAUUUCAGAAUAAAGCACUCCAUAUUCCUCUCUUUUCCCCCAUUCAUUUUCCAUCCAUUUCUCGUCUACGAACAACACAAAGUAGUUUUUGAACUGAUAAAUGGGACAGAUCCAGUAUUCUGAGAAGUAUUUUGAUGAUACCUAUGAGUACAGGCAUGUUGUUCUUCCUCCUGAUGUAGCGAAAUUGCUUCCUAAGAAUCGUCUUCUAUCUGAAAAUGAGUGGAGGGCAAUUGGAGUUCAGCAGAGCAGAGGAUGGGUUCACUAUGCUAUUCAUCGACCAGAGCCCCAUAUCAUGCUCUUCAGGAGGCCACUGAACUAUCAGCAGCAACAAGAGAACCAGACUCAGCAAGUUCUGCUUGCCAAGUGAAGAAACAUGUCUCUCGUUUCAUUUUUCCUAAUGAAUCAGGUCAUAUACAGAUAGUAAUGUUCAUUUCAUCUAGAAAUGAUAAGACAGUUUUAUGGAUGUCUAGUUAAAUGUCUGGAUUCUUAAGGAUGUUAUGUACUGUAAUGCUUAGCUCUUGUGGAGUUUAGGUUUUGAAUUCCCGUAUUUUUAACAAUCAGAUUUUAUAUCCGUGUGCUUGGAUGGAUUCUGACCUGUACUUUGGCAUCCUACAUUUUGGAUCUGUUUGGUUUAGUCAUGUAUUGGAUGAGAUGCUUGUCCUUUUAAUU